GACAUAUGCGGCGCAGAGUGACUCCCACGCGCGUUGCGCGCGCUCGGUGCGUAUUGUUUUGGUCUGUGUUGUGCGCUGGGCGCUCUCCUUGACAGGUCAAAUUACACAAAGAUCCAUUAAUUUUUAUUAAUUUUAAUUUACAUAAUACCCCUGCCUUACAAUUGAUCUAAACAUUCCUGAAGAUAAAACGAUAAUGGACAGCUCAAAUAAUCUGAGCGAUGUCUUCCUGCAGUAUAGUGCAUACAUGGAAGAUGAACAAAGCCUAAGAGAGGAGAUCCGCUCUCAGGUCCGUGAGCUGGAGCAGACGGCCCGGGAGAUGACCACACUGCUGCAGUCGGUUCACCAGCAGGACGGCAUUCAGAACAUUCCUGCCAUAUGUGAGAAAGCCAAGGGCUUGUACCCGACAAUAAAGGAGCAUUAUGCUGCUCUCUCGAAGAAGGUACCGAAGGACCAGUAUUACAGGUUCCACGACCACUGGCGGUUCGUCACGCAGCGAAUGGCGUUUGUGGCGGCGCUGCUCGUCUAUCUGGAGACGGAGCAGCUGGCCACGCAGCAGAUGGUAGCCGACGCCAUUGGAGUUGCUCUCAACAAGGAGGAUGGUUUCAUUCUGGACCUUGAAGAUUACCUGGCCGGACUACUUAUGUUGUCUUCAGAACUGUCGCGGUUCGUGGUGAACAGCGUCACGGCGGGCGACUACCUGCGCCCGUUCCGGGUGGCGCAGUUCCUCAGCGAGCUCAGCGCCGGCUUCAGACUGCUCAACCUGAAAAACGACAACCUGCGCAAGCGCUUCGACGGCCUCAAGUACGACCUGAAGAAGGUGGAGGAGGUGGUGUACGACCUGUCGAUCCGCGGGCUGAAGCCAAAGCAGGAGACGUAGCCGCUGGCGGUGCGGACGCGGGCGUCCUCCAGUCAGGGGGGAGCGUCUCCACUAGCGUCGUGGGUGGGAACCAGUCACGGCGGGGUCUGUGAUCUUUUGAUAAUGUUCUGUCAUAGGUGCGUUGCGCGGAUCGGAUGUCGCCUUGCUUUGUUGGGUUCUUGUUUUAGUGGUUUGUGAUGAUCUGAUCUGUCAGUUCAGUGGUGUCUCGGGAAGAGGCACGCGAUGUGUCAGUUGAGUUGCAUCAUUUCAGCGUGGAAAUGGCAUGACUUUGAAUAGAGUAGUUACCCAUGGACAUUAUACAGUAGGGAAUUAUUGCCAUGUGCACAUCUUUGCAUUAAAUACAUAAGGGAUCUAUCUUUGAGUUUAAAGGUAGUGUGCCACCUUUGAAAGAUUUCCCAUUUUAUUUUUCCUAGGAUAAGAAGCUUCUGUUUUUACCUAAUAUCGCAAAAAAAUCAAAAAUGGGCCUGGAAUAGUGCCUUUUUCGCCUAAAAGUUUUUCGGUUUUUAGAUAUGUAUAACAACUGUAGUGGGCUCACCUGCAAACAGGCGUCGGGCAACAAUCGCGAAUGCGGCGCACUUGUGACAAUAAGCAAAGGUCAUUAUAGUGUUACGACCAUAAUAUCUAUGGUUACGACCAUACGACGUACGGGAAUGAGUUAUCAGCUGUCUAAUCGUAGACAACACAAUGUCGAGCCUUAAACUGUAAGCCCGUAUUGUAUUGUUUCUUUUAUUUGGCUGUCGAACAUUAUUUAUGGUUUGAAAUAUGAUUUUAUGUAAAAUAAUUGAUAUGAAAAAGCCGUCUUAUAAGUUAUGACCCCAUUUCACCACACGCAAGUGGCAGAAAUGACAAUGAUCAGCUGACGCAUUUUUCUUGGCCGAAGUCAGAGCGCGCGGCCCGACGCACCACGCGUAUUUGGAAAUUCCGACCUCGACGAGCAUCAGAAGCCACCUAACAGGCGUGUUCGAAACCGCAGGAGAUGAUGAUGAACGGGUUUAUCGAAACUUGAUUGGAUGAGCAUAUCGGUAAUAGCGAUUUCAGUGUGUGCAUUUAUUGUUCAUAGUGGUGUGAAAUGUGGUUGGGGUACGACCGACAACCCGUCGGGGCGAAUUUCGCACUGGGGUACUCAAAAUUUGAAGAAUUUAAGACGUUUCCAUGAGUUUUGAAGGUAUGGAUAAGUUCUAAAAAUCCGGUUCUCCUUAUCUGGGCCAUUAACUCCAUACGGUCCAAGAAAGCUGGCACACUACCUUUAAUUGUUUCUUUUUUUUAUGGCUCCAACUCAUCAAACGGGAUAUUCAUAUGCAAGGGCACUUGAGAAACGUAAACAGCUUAAUUUUUCAAUACAGAGAAAGAAUGCG